AGGUAAGUCAAGCCUUGCCAAAUAUUUCAGCCUCAUGGCGACCACAAACCACUUGACAUGUCUUUGCGGGGCUGUCACGGAGCCGGCCACGUUGCUCUCUUCUGACGAAUUACCACUUGAAUGUGUCAUGUGCCAUUGCAAUACCUGUCGCCAGCAAACCGGGGCCCUGGCAGUAUCAUACUUGAAGCUUAGAGCUCCGCCGAGCGAGAAGUCUCUGGAUAACGUGACGGCGUACGAAACCUCAAGGUACGAACGAUAUUUCUGCAAGGUAUGCGGAUGCAAUGUCUUCGGUCACGAUAAAACCACCGGGGGAUGGUCGGCUUGCAGCGGCACCCUUGAGGCAGAGACCAAGCCAGCCAAGGGCAAAAACGUCUCCAAUAUCAAGUCUCACAUAUACGUCGGCGAUCCGUUUGAAGGCGGGAUCGCCCCAUACUUGACAAGAAUAGCGGACGUCGAAGUUCCUUGCUGGCAGACUGAGCCUGGAGAGGACCAGGGGCCGAUAAAGCAGGAGAAGCUCCUAGGACUGCGGGAGAAAGCGUCCAAAGCGUCAUCCACAGCGAGGGAUGAGAUGAUGCAAGUAGCAUGCCACUGCGGAGAUGUGAGCUUACGCAUCACGCCGCCGCCGUACGACGAACACAGUGAGGAUUGGUAUAUCGGCUCAGACCACAGCAGAUACUAUGCGCGUUUGUGCUGCUGCCGCUCUUGUCGCUUGACGCUAGGUCUUACGAUGCAGCCAUGGACAUACGUCCCGCCUGCGCAGAUCUAUACUGACGACAUGCAACCAGUCAUCUUUGGACCUGAGGCCCAAGAGGUAGUGCAGAUCAAGGCGCUCAAGCAUUAUCAGAGCUCAGACAGUGUGCUACGGAGCUUCUGCAGCACCUGUGGCGCAACGAUAUUCUAUCAGUCCUUCGAGAGGCCCUAUGUCAUUGACGUAAGUGUCGGUGUAAUUAGAUCGACGUUUGGGAAUGCACUUGUUGGAGAAUGGCUGGAAUGGGACCGAAAGAUGGUGAGUAAGAGGGACGAGGCUGUCGACGAGGAGCUGAUUCAGGCAUGGUUGCAAGCAUGAGUGGGUUUCUAGUAGAAGCAUUCAGGCUGCAAGGCUGUCGCUCGGUGUGGGGAGAUUUGAGAUCAGGCUGAAGAUGCCAAGUUGAAACGCGGGCCUGGGGACUUACUUGACAUUCCUCAUUCUUUCCCA